AUGGCGGAGGCAGAGGUGAAAGCAAACAAGAAGGUGGUGUUCAAGCAUUACAUAACUGGUUUCGCGAAAGAGAGCGACAUGGAGGUGGUGACAACAGACACUAUCCAAUUGAAGGUUCCUGAAAAAUCUAAAGCAGUGCUCAUAAAGAACCUCUACCUCUCCUGCGAUCCUUACGUUCGAAUCCUGAUGACCAAGAGUGAUGUUCAUGACUCUCUUGAGACUGUGCCCACCUUUGUGCCGGGCUCGGUCAUGAGUGGUUUUGGUGUGGGCAAGGUUAUUGAUUCUGGGCAUCCAGAAUUCAAGAUAGGGGAAUUUGUGUGGGGGGAGACCAGGUGGCAAGAGUACAGCCUCAUAACAGCACCUGAAAAGCUAUUCAAGAUCAAAUACACUGAUGUGCCCCUUUCUUACUAUACUGGCCUAUUAGGGAUGCAAGGUUUUACAGCUUAUAUCGGAUUUUAUGAGAUCUGUUCACCUAAGAAAGGGGAAUAUGUUUUUGUAUCAGCAGCAUCAGGUGCUGUUGGACAUCUUGUUGGGCAAUUUGCUAAACUUAUGGGUUGUUAUGUGGUUGGAAGUGCUGGCUCUGAUGAAAAGGUUGAUCUAUUGAAGAACAAGUUUGGUUUCGAUGAGGCUUUUAAUUAUAAGAAGGAGCAAAACUUGAGUGCAGCCUUAAAGAGGUGCUUCCCUGAAGGCAUUGACAUCUACUUUGAGAAUGUAGGCGGCCCAAUGCUGGAUGCUGUCCUUCUUAACAUGAGGAAUCAUGGCCGCAUCGCUGUGUCUGGGAUGGUCUCUCAGUAUGGUCUGGAGAAGCCUGAGGGCAUUCACAACUUAAUGCUCCUUGUCUCGAAACGCAUCGAAAUGAAAGGAUUCAGUGUAUAUGACUGCUUCGAUCGCUAUCCUCAGUUUGUCGAGACAAUCAUACCUUACAUAAAGGAAGGCAAGAUUGCAUAUGCGGAAGAUAUAGCUGAGGGACUCGAACAUGCUCCUGCUGCUCUGGUGAGGCUCUUCGCUGGUCGCAAUGUCGGGAAGCAGUCGGUUGCAGUCACUCGUGAAUAAUUAACAAAGAAUAGUUUGAAUUCCAAACAAUGUUCAAGUGUUAUAUUUGGUUUGUGAUCUAUUUCAGUUAAUAAAGCUUGCUAGUGGUUCU